AUGCCGGAUAAGCUCGAUGUGCAGGGUCUCCUCCAGGAGUCCAAGGCUGAAUACAAACGCCUAGGAAAGAGUGGCCUGAAGGUCUCAGUACCUAUCCUGGGUGCCAUGAGCAUUGGUUCCUCUAAAUGGCAGCCCUGGGUCAUUGAAGAAGAAGAGUCGCUACCGCUACUGAAAGCUGCGUACGAUCGCGGUCUUACGACUUGGGAUACCGCCAAUGUCUAUUCCAAUGGCGUCUCCGAAGAGCUCGUUGGCAAAGCAAUCAAGAAGUACGACUUGCCUCGUGAGAAGCUCGUCAUCCUCACGAAGUGCUUUGGUUACGUUGGCGAAGAUCCAGGUCUACGUACGAUCCAGUAUGGCACGGAGCUGCCUCAGUUGAAAGACUAUGUGAAUCAAGGUGGUCUGUCACGGCAAGCAAUCUUCAACGCCGUCAAUGCAUCGCUCAAGCGUCUCGAUUUGGAGUAUAUCGAUCUUCUACAAAUCCAUCGCUACGAUCCAAAUACACCUCUCGAGGAAACCAUGGAGGCGCUGCACGAUCUGGUCAAGAGUGGAAAAGUCAGGUACAUCGGUGCCAGCUCCAUGUGGGCAGUCCAGUUUGCGCAAAUGCAGUUUACUGCCGAGAAGAAUGGUUGGACCAAAUUCAUCAGCAUGCAGAACCAUUACAACCUGCUGUAUCGCGAGGAAGAGCGUGAGAUGAAUCGAUUCUGUAAUGACACUGGCGUUGGUCUUAUUCCGUGGGCACCACUAUGCCGUGGCCAUCUCGCUCGCCCUCCGUCGGCAUUCGGCUCGACCACUCGUUCAGAAGGGGAACAGAAGGCUGGCAAUCAGACCUCUGGUAACAACGAGCGUGACAAGAAGAUCAUCGGCCGUGUCGAAGAGAUCGCAAAGAAGCAUGACUGGAAGAUGAGCCAUGUUGCGCUAGCAUGGAUCAACAAGCGUGUUGCGAGUCCCAUUAUCGGUUUCUCCAGUGUAGACAGGAUGGAUGAGGCACUUGCAGCAAGGGGCAAAGAGUUGACUGAAGAAGAGGAGAACUCUAAGCAAUCCCCAUACAGCUUCCCAAGCUCUUUCAUCAUCUACAACCCUUCCCAAUCUCCCAGUAGUCAGCUGCAACUGCAUACCACCACAAUGGCCGCAGAGACAGAAAACACGCUUCAGAAGGUCGACUCUUUGACUGACCACCAAGAUGGCGCCGCUAAGAAGGGCCACCGCAGAGUCAGCUCCAUGGCUGCUGACGUCUACCGGAUCGAGGAUCUAGAAAAGGAAGGCAAGAAGAUUGAGAUCGCAAUCGAAACCCAGAAGCUGAAUUGGAAGCUGAACAAGUCACCAUCCACUGUCGAAGACCCAUCAGUCUUGAAAAUGCCACUCACUGAGCCCAAGCUCAAGUCCAUCGCCCUGCACUUCCCGCUAGGCCUAGAAGUCACUGCACGGAAUAUGAAAGGUGUCACCAUCAAGGAUGCACUAGAUGCCAUCCACAAGCAGUUCAAGAAGCGCGCAGACGACGAGUUCGAAAAGCCGUACCUCAUGGGCUUCGAGUGGGACCCAGAAGAGUGCUACACCCGCUUUAUCGUCCACCAGUCGGCCGUCCCGACGGUAAAGAACGAGUUCGGCUCAAGCAAGAAGAAGAAGAAGAACAAGGCUGAGGGCGAGGAGGGUUCCUAA